UCCUAUCCCCAGCAAGCUGUGUACCCUCAGCAGAGUAGUGCACCCAUCUACCCACCUGCGAUGCAAGUGUCUCCCCAGGCACCCCCUUACUCAGACGCACCACCUGCAUACUCUGAGGUAACAAGUUUAUUCCAAAUAUAAAUGUCUAUCUACUUUUGUGAAGAGUAUUACCAAUCAUAUCAAUACAAACACACUGACCGACUGACUCUAACUCUCCCCUUUUCAUAUUUUCUCCAUUACGCCAAAGAUCUAUCAGCCCAGGUAUGUGCACCCAUCUCAGGCUGGCCAGCUACAGCAAAUGUCCCAGUACCCUGGCACUCAGAUGUACAUGCAACUGCCCCAGUCCAUGGCUGUUGGACCAAUGGGCCACAACGUCCCAAUGGCAUACUACCCCAUGGGAGCCAUGUAUCCCCCUGGCUCCACUGUGCUAGUGGAGGGAGGAUAUGAUGCUGGUGCUCGCUUUGGUCAAAGCAACAGUGCUUCCAUCCCGGUGAGUAUCCUCAAAACGCCUAGGAUAUAUCCUGGGUGUCAAACUCAAUACCUGGAUGACUGUGAAUUUGCUGUUUUUUGUUAUUUCCUUUUAACAAGUGUCCAAUUAAAGACCUAGACAACCUGAUGAGGGGAAGUAAUCAAUUACCUUAAUAAGUACAAGGGAGGAGUGAAAGCCUGACAACACUCGGCCUCCCAGUAAUUGAGUUUGACACCCCAGGCUUAUAUGUUACUCAACGUCAUGUGGUUCUAUCAUAAAUCAAUGUUCAUAUUGUACUGGAGCCAAAUAUAUAUCCUGUGUAAUUGUAACAGAUAUUGGUAAAGUUACUCAUGUAUGUGACUAUUUCUUUCCCCCUCACCUAAACACAUCACAGCCCCCACCUCCUGGCCACAUGCCUAAUGCAGCUCAGCUGGCCGCCAUGCAGGGUGCCAACGUCAUGAUGACACAGCGCAAGAACAACUUCUUCGUGGGUGGCUCCAAUGGCGGGUACACCAUCUGGUAA